UAUGCAUGUUAUUUGCACUAAAUGACACGGUUUGGUCGCGCACACGCCUGCGUCAGAGGGCUGUUUAGUAAGUUCAGCGAUCAUAGGCGCACACAUUUCCUGACUAAUCGAUUCAAUAGUUUGUGGUGUUUCAUCAUACGGUUCCAGUCAUGUACUGUAGGAUUAAAGCAUGAGGGCAACCCGAUCUGGGUUGAUGGCAGAGCACCACCUGUCUUUUAGGACAGACGCACGUUUGUUUUCGUAGCUCGCCUGACCGGUUUUACGGUCACAUGACAUCUCUGAAGCGACGGGGUUCCGGGUUUGGCAGAUUGGACAACUUUGACAUAACGGUGGGGUAUGAAAACAGACCCAGUCAGAGUAAUGCCAGAUAUAAUGGCUCUGUGUGUUGUUGUGAUGCUUGUUUUCAUCACAGCUGAAGUAACUCUCUGUAAAGUGGCAAAUGACUGUGUACCCCAAAACUUUGGCCAUGGCUCAGUGGUGUGCGUUUGUAAUUCCACCUACUGUGACAGCGUGGGGCCGGUGACCCUGCGUCCACUGGGUCAGUACUCCUCCUACCUGAGCAGCAUGGCGGGCAGCAGGCUGCAGGCCGGCCACGGGCAGGUCCAGGAGAAGAGCCCUGGGGCAGGCCUGAGGUUGACUAUCGUUCCCACCCAGAAGUACCAGAGGAUCAGGGGGUUCGGUGGGGCCAUGACGGACGCGGCAGCCAUGAACAUACUCUCCCUUUCUCAGGGUGCACAGGAGCAGCUGCUCCGCCAGUACUUCUCAGAGGAAGGUAUCGGCUACAGGGUUGUGCGCAUCCCCAUGGCCAGUUGUGACUUCUCGACCCGCCUUUACACCUAUGCCGAUACACCUGGAGACUACAACCUGGACAACUUUACUUUGGCCCCUGAGGACACCACUAUGAAGAUCCCACUUCUGCAGCGUGCCCAGGCCAUGUCUCCCCAGCCCCUCUAUCUGUUUGCUAGUGCCUGGAGCGCCCCCGCCUGGAUGAAAACCAACAAUGAACUUACAGGGAAGGGCUCACUGAAGGGAAAGCCAGGGGGCAAAGAGCACAAAACAUGGGCUCAGUACUACGUCAGGUUCCUUGAAGAGUAUGCUAAAUAUAACUUGACUUUCUGGGCAGUGACCACAGGAAAUGAGCCCAGUGCAGGACUGCUGAGAAACUACAGUUUUCAGGCCCUGGGCUUCACUGCUGAGGAGCAGAGGGACUGGGUGGCUUUGGACUUAGGCCCUGCUCUGAAAGCCUCAUCACAUCCCCACACACACAUCCUCAUACUGGAUGACAACCGCCUGCUGCUGCUCCACUGGGCCAAAGUGGUCCUCAGUGAUAUUCAUGCAGCCAAGUACAUACAUGGAGUGGCUGUCCACUGGUACUUUGACAGUCUUGUCCCGGCUGAGAUAAGCUUGGGGGCCACCCAUGAAGUGUACCCGGAGUAUUAUCUGUUUGGCACAGAGGCGUGUUCCGGGGCAAACCCGUUUGACAGAGGGGUGAAGCUGGGAAGCUGGGAACGGGCUGAGCACUACGCGCAUGACAUUUUAGAGGACUUAAAUCACUAUGUUGUGGGCUGGACUGACUGGAACCUGGCCCUGAACCAGAAAGGUGGCCCAAACUGGGUAAAAAACUUUGUGGACAGCCCUGUCGUGGUGGAUGCAGAGCUGGACGUCUUCUACAAGCAGCCCACUUUUUACGCAAUGGCCCACUUCAGCAAGUUCCUGUUGGAGGGGUCUCAGAGGGUGGGGGUGUCCACCAAUGGAAAAACAAAGCUGGAGUUUUCCGCCUUCGUCAGACCAGAUGGCUCAGUGGUGCUCAUCAUCCUUAACAGUUCGCCUUCAGCGAUCCAGUUCGAAGUCUCGGACCCAGGCCUCGGCUACAUUCCCUGCACUGCUCCGGCUCACUCACUGCUCACGCUUGCUUGGAACACAAACUGAGCUUCAACGGGAAAUCACACCAAACGUUUCUGCACUUUUCACACAAACAGCAUUUCACAAUGGAGCCUCCUCUCUACCAAAGCACGUUUGACUACCUCCUCGGUGUCAGACCACCUACACAGUGGUGGUACUAAAUGCAGAUGUUUGUUUGCUGUGUCUAAUGAUUUCAAAAGUUUGAUUAAACUCGCUAAGUGAAGGAAAGGUUUUCCUUUAUUAUAAAACAAUAAGAUGUCAUCAUUCCUUUUUUUUAAAUGCAUUUAAAUGAAUGAGAUUACCAGAUUAAAUUAAGUGUCCUUACUUUGUCAUGAGUGAAUAAAUUGUUUCAAUGAUGUCCAGAAUCUGUAAAUGCCCUCUUCUUUUUAAAAUAAAAUUAAACCAUUUUUUAAAUAAAGCACUUACUGCUAAAUGCUG